CAUGUUGGCUCUUCGCUUGAUUCUACUGCUGCAGUGCAGCCUGUUGGUUCUUGCAGGCGUUUGUUUGAUACCACAGCCCAUAAAAAGGCAGCGCUCGCUAAAGGAUAUACUGGAAAAACCGUGGACAUUAUCACCUCGCUUGGAUGGACGUAUCGUGGGCGGUCAUCGCAUUAACAUCACCGAUGCACCUCAUCAGGUUUCCCUGCAGACUUCGUCUCACAUUUGCGGAGGCUCAUUGAUAUCGGAGGAGUGGGUAUUGACAGCCGCCCAUUGCACUUAUGGCAAAACAGCAGAUCGUUUGAAAAUACGUUUGGGAACCAGUGAAUUUGCUCGCAGUGGACAACUGCUCAGGGUUCAGAAAAUCGUUCAACACUCCCAGUUCAACUACACCAAUGUGGACUACGACUUCUCCCUGCUCCAGCUUGCGCAUCCCAUCAAGUUCGAUGAGACCAAAAAGGCCAUUAAGCUGCCCGAGUCGCAGAUGAAGUUCAUGGACGGGGAGACCUGUUUUGUGAGUGGUUGGGGGAAUACCCAAAACCUGCUGGAGUCCAGGGAGUGGCUGCGUCAGGUGGAGGUGCCUCUGGUUAAUCAGGAGGUGUGCAGUGAGAAGUACAAGCAGUACGGCGGUGUCACCGAGCGAAUGAUCUGUGCCGGUUUCCUGGAAGGCGGCAAGGACGCCUGCCAAGGUGAUUCCGGUGGUCCGAUGGUCAGCGAGUCGGGUGAACUGGUGGGCGUGGUGAGCUGGGGCUAUGGCUGUGCUAAGCCCGAUUAUCCGGGUGUCUACUCCCGAGUAAGCUUCGCCCGGGAUUGGAUUAGGGAGCACAGUGGUGUAUGAAUAUGUCACCCAAAA